UUGCUGGAAUCUUAAAAAGAAAAUGAAAAGAAAAAAAUCAAAGAACUUUUUGAGAAAAAAGAAAUAAAAGAAUAAUGAAUUCUAACUCUUUCCCUCUAUUUAGUAGCCCUUUAACAUGAAGGAAAAAGGAAAGAUUGUCGAUCUUCAAACUUUAACAUCAAGCCCCCGAAAUCUGGUUCUAUCCGAUCUGACCCGAACCGAACCGCAAGAACCCAACAAACUUAAACCCUAGAUCGCUAGCUACCCAACUGACUCAGUUGAGGCAACAUGUGAUAGACGCAUUCACCGAGUCGAUUCGACUCAGACUCCUUCUACCAUUGCGGUAACAUCCCUAUCUCCAUCAUUACCACCAUCAUAGAGAGAGAGAGAGGAGAGAGAUGGAAGGCAAAGGUAACAGCAAAGUUCUUCUACAGUUGGAGGCCAAUAACUCUCCCUCAGCACUAGAAUCCAAGCUUCUUGUUUGCAAAAACAAUGAAUUAUUGCAGUCUCAGACCACCAAGUCCCAACCUCCUAAUGGAGAGUCCAUGCCUUCUUCUGUUCCCAAAAGCCAAGUUCUGGGAAAGGUGAAGGAUUUUUUGGGAGUCAUAUCAGAAGCAAAUGAGAGGUUGCAGGUAGAUGCAAAGGAUAGUUCUAAGGACUACGACAUUGAAGUGCUCACUGGAAACGAGUCUGAAUACAUUGAAAUGGAUUUGAUGCUGGGUGUUGCUGAUCUUCAUACCCCUGAGGCCAUUGCUGCUGCUGAGUCUGCAAUAGCCAGUUAUCAACCCAUGAUUCCUUUGGCUGGUAGCAGUAGUGGGACGGAAUCUGAAGAUAGCAGCGAUGACAGUGACGAUGAUAAUGAUGAAAGUGACGAUGAUGAUGAUGACGACAAUGACACAUGCUCUCCUACGAAAGGGAAAAGAUCUAAGCCUGAUGAAGAUAAUCUACCCAGUGAAUCAUCGAGAAAUCGUCAGUCAAAAAAGCGACCAAAGAUUAUUGAGCUCCCAUAGAAACCUUUUUCUCAGCUUCAUUUACCAAGAUUUAAAGAUGCAACUUGUCAGAGUUAUUUGUGGGAAUUUUUCACCCGCGGAGUUGUUGCAGCUAUAAUGGUACGGAUAUGAGUUGAAAACCUUCUAGAGUUUUAUGAAUGAAUUGGGAAUUCUGUGUCUGUUGAUGUUAUAGUUUAAGCAGACUGCAAUAGACAGACAUUAUGCAGCUCUUAAUUUUUGAUUUCUAUACUCAUGCAAGGCACAGAGAAGUUGAGAUGGUAA